UGGAGCCUCUGGUUUCUGCCUCCUACUGCCUGUCAGAGUGGGCAUGAGGAGUAGUUUAACGCAGGGGCAAGAAAAAGAGGCUCUACGCGCUGCUAAGAGGUACCACAGGUGAGGCUCUGCGAGAAAGGAGAUUGCAGAGUGUACUGUAGCCCCGAUAGCAAUGGCGGACAGUGACCACGAGGCUCACUCUUCGUCAGACGAGCAUCACUCUCGCCCUGCCUCUGCUAAUCACAGUAGGGACCAUGACGCUGAACAGCACUCAAGCCAAUCAGACGACUCAGAAGUGGAGAACAUUAUGCACGACCCUAACCACCAAGGAGGCCACGACCACGGCCACCACCACCACCACCACCACCACCACCAUGACCAUGACCACAAGCACCAACACCAACAUGGCCUUGAGCCCCUUGAUCCAGACAGGGAAGCUGAAGGCCCAGACCGCCCCCAUACCCCGUCGUAUUUGCGCCCCCCCGUGGCGGGUAGAGCGCGGUCGGAUUCAGGUUCUGAGCCCGGUUUACCGCAGAACAGGAGUGUGGAGUUUGACUUGCCGUCCUCCGUCAGUCCCACCAGACCCAAGAGUCCAUGGGGUCGAUACGACCCGUACAGCAAUAAUGAGGACCAGGAUAAGGAAUACGUGGGUUUUGCAACUCUGCCAAACCAGGUACACCGCAAGUCAGUCAAGAAGGGAUUUGACUUCACGCUCAUGGUGGCAGGGGAGUCUGGCCUGGGAAAGUCCACUUUGGUCAACAGUCUCUUUCUCACAGAUCUUUACAAAGAUAGGAAGCUGCUCAAUGCUGAAGAGCGCAUCACACAAACAGUAGAAAUCACCAAACACACAGUGGAUAUAGAGGAGAAAGGUGUCAAACUGAAGCUCACCAUUGUGGACACACCAGGCUUUGGGGAUGCUGUUAACAACACUGAAUGCUGGAAGUCUGUGGCUGACUACAUUGACCAGCAGUUUGAGCAGUACUUCAGGGACGAGAGUGGCCUCAACCGCAAGAAUAUCCAGGACAAUCGUGUCCACUGCUGCCUAUAUUUUAUCUCACCAUUUGGUCAUGGCCUCCGACCUUUGGAUGUUGAAUUUAUGAAAGCGCUCCAUGAAAAGGUUAACAUCGUCCCCAUCUUGGCCAAAGCUGACACGCUCACCCCCAGCGAGGUCAAGAAAAAGAAAAUAAAGAUCCGAGAGGAGAUCGAGCAAUACGGUAUAAAGAUCUACCAGUUCCCUGACUGUGACUCUGAUGAAGAUGAAGAGUUUAAGCAGCAGGACACGGAGCUGAAGGAGAGCAUUCCCUUUGCUGUAAUCGGCAGCAACACAGUGGUGGAGGCCAAAGGGAAGAGGGUGCGAGGUCGGCUUUACCCCUGGGGCAUCGUAGAAGUGGAGAACUCGGCACAUUGUGAUUUUGUGAAGCUGAGGAACAUGCUCGUUCGCACGCACAUGCAAGACCUGAAGGACGUGACCCGAGAGACUCACUACGAGAACUACAGAGCCCAGUGCAUCCAGAGCAUGACCCGCAUGGUGGUGAAGGAACGCAACCGCAAUAAACUAACCCGGGAGAGCGGCACAGAUUUCCCAAUCCCCGUAGUGCCAGGAGUUGGAGACGAGACAGAAAAGCUCAUCCGAGAGAAAGAUGAGGAGGUACGGCACGCCGACCAUGAACCGGACUCGCACCACCCACAUGAUGAUCAUGAGCACCAUGAGUCUGAACAUAAUUCAGAGCACAUCCAGCACUCAGAGCCCCCGCCCGGUCCAGAGACACACUCAGACCACAUGGCCGAUGAAGCCCUCUGAUUGUCUUUAGCUCGCUGAUUCUGUUCAUCCAUCAGAUGUCUCUGAAGCAUGUUUUCUGAGGUUGACAAUGAGUAGCCUCACAAACAUGAAUUUGUGUUAAAUAUAGAUUAAAUCCCCUUCUCCCUCGCUCUUCCAAGUCCUGUGACAUUUGAACCCUGGGUAGGAAAGAGUUAGCCACAUGAAGGUUUUUUAUAACUGCACAUACUGCAAGACCUACAGUUACAUGCUUGUAACACUAAAGCAACACAAAAAAUUCAGUCAAUGAAUCUGUUGAAUAUGUUGCUUUAAACCUGUGGGGUCUUCAUGAAAUUAGACUUUGACCUUGGCAAGUUAAAGUGUUGGUAAACUUUGAAGCUCCUUUCUACUUUUUUGUUACCCCAGAUUGAACUUUUUUUUUAAAUCCCACAUUUUAAAGAGUCUACACUGAUUUCAACCUUUGGUUCAUACAAUUUACUACAUGACCAAAAUUCAACAAUCAUUUUAUAAACCCAAGGGUUUAAGUAAAGCUCAUAUAAGAUGUGAUUUUUAUAGAAGUAUAUUUUAUUCCCUUCAUGUUCCCAAUCAUUUAUUUAUUUACAUCCAGCAUGAGCUCAGUCACUGUAAUCACUGUUUCAGCAAAGCUAAUAAAAUACAAAGGGAGCAGACCAAUGACAUACAGUAUCUGUUCAUGGUGGAUGAACACAACAGCUAUCCUUCAAAUCCCCUCCCUAACCCCGAUCCAUCUAUUUAUUUGAACAAAUAAAGAUACCAUUUCUCCUCAGUUGUUCUUUUUUUGUUUUCAAUCAUUAAACAUGACAAUAGAACUGCAUCAAUCAAGCUAACUGAAUUAUAUGACAAUUCAUUUCACAAUCGAUUGUUUCUGUCAAAUGAAUAACUUUUUAUGCCCUGAGUAUCUCAAAUAUAAGAAUUUGGAUUGAUUAAAAUUAAUAUAGUGGGGUUUAGACUGCUCAUCGUAUGAAGCAAAAUAUUCUAUGAUGUCACAGUUUGCUGUGGGAAACUGAUCAGUUUUUCGCACUGUCUCCACAUUAUGUGUAAUCCACCAAAUUACAUAUUAAUAAAUGAUAACAUGAUCAUUAGUUUAAGAUCUUUAUUUUUUAGAAAAGAAUCUAUAGUUCAAAAUGAAAAACAAUGGAAACUGGAAAUCUCCUAUAACAACACCACACAGCUGGCAGUACAAUUAAACUGCGCUUACAUUCUGACACGAUUCUUGGGAGAGAAAGUCUUCUUACCUCCCUGACAUUAAAGAAUUACUGAGUAUGUGUUUUUAGUGAAGGCCAUGACGCAGUUUCCCUGCAGCCGUCCAUCACAGGUCACGUGACAAAAAGAGGACUGAUCUGCAGAGUAUUAUUGAUUUGUUGUGUGUGCAGUCAUGUGUAAAUAACUGGCUUGUAUAAAAAUGAACAUGCAGUGUGGAACUUA